AUGGAAAGAAGAGAAUAUUUGAAACGAUUUUUCAAAAUUAUAAUACUAUGUGGUAAGUUAGAACUUCUCCUUAGAGGACAUCAUGAAAGUAAGACAAACAAUAAUCAAGGGAAUUAUUGUGAAAGAUUAAACUGUUUGAAAGAGUAUGAUUCAUUUUUAAUGGCAUAUAAGCCACCAGGCAAUGCUCAUUAUUGCUCACCUCCAUCACAAAAUCAAAUGCUAUCUGCAGCGGGAAACAUAAUCUUAAAGUACAUAGCUUCAGAAAUAAGGGAGGCAGGUUAUUUUGCUGUCAUGGCUGAUGACACUCGUGAUGUUAGCUCAUAUGAACAAUUUAGUAUAUAUGUUAGAUAUGUUGAUAAAACAAAAACACCAAAGGAAUCUUUUAUAUCUUUUGAAAAAGUUGUAGACUUAGAUGCAGAAUCAUUAACAAAGACAUUGAUAUCAUCCUUAAAUAACAAUUCUUUAAAUGCGAUUUGCGUUGCUCAAGCUUAUGAUGGUGCCAGUGUUAUGAAAAGGCAUUUUUAG